AUGAGCUUAGAUUGGAACGAGAACAGUUUCAAAAAACAGAUACAGAGUCUUCACCUGGAUGUGAUCUACUCGACCGCAAUCCAUGUCCUCUGGAGAUCCUUCCUUUUCCAUACCUACCACCCAUUCCCAUUCCCACUCGAUUUUGCCAAUGAUCGGAUCGAGUUCGAUGCCUUCCACCGCUCCAUGACACUACUCGUUCCCCGCCACACAGAUCUGCUAGGCAUCUUAGAGGGCCCUGUCUGCUACAGGCGGCACGGCUUGCAAGCUCGAAAUUCUUGCAGAGCGGAGUCAUACAACGCGCCUCCCUUGGAUCUCACGCGAUACCAACAAGGCGCCGAGCAGCGCAGACUCCGUGGUCCCCAGCUUCAGGCACGCAUUCAGGGCUGGGGUCCGGCACGUGACAUAUCCGCUCGACCCAAACAAUCAACCCCGUUAGUCAGGGAAUCAAUCAAUCUGCGCUUCGUCUCGGAUCCAAGUCAAAUCCAUAAUCGGGCAACAAACAAAUUUGACAGGGGAUCGCCCUGCCAUCUCACCUCGUCUUUCUUUCCUUCUUCUUUCCGCUUCUUCUCUGCUGUGCAGGCCGCUGACAUUAACAUUCUCCGCCCCAGUUCUGGCAUUUCCUCGACUUUGCUUCGAGGCCCUGGCCUUAUCAGCGUGCUCUCCGCUUUUCUCACCGUCCCGCUUCCCUCUUCCCUGGUGUCGCACGAGUCCCAGCGAACAAACGAUAUCUUUAAACACCCCUGGAUGACGAGUGCUACGGAGCGAUAA